GAAAUAUGAAGCGAAGUAUGCCAGGUCGCUCAAUUGGAGAGACCGAUUUAGGAAUUAAGUGAAAUCGCCGUUGACUCUUACAAAUAGCGAUCCACAAUGUAGAGAUUUUACUGGAAACUGUCAAGCUUAUUUGAGGAAUAAUGCAGCUGAAGCACUUACAAACAGUAACAGAGGCAGAGAACUGUGCAUCAAAGGUUCUGGCCAUUGCAUGGGCACCAAACAACAGUAAAUUUGCUUGUUGUAUGUCAGAUCGCCUCAUCCAUAUAUUUGAUGAGAAGGGUGUGAAACGUGACAGAUUUUCAACAAAACCAGUUGACUCAAAGUAUGGGAAAAAAAGCUAUGUUGUAAAAGGCAUAGCAUUUUCUCCUGAUUCCUUGAAGAUUGCUGUUGGUCAAACUGAUAACAUAAUUUUUGUUUACAAGAUUGGCAAAGACUGGGGAGAGAAGAAAGUAAUCUGUAACAAAUUCCCUCAGCAAUCAGCUGUAACAUGUUUGAUCUGGCUCACCAGUGGUCCCAUAAUUUAUGGUCUAGCUGAUGGGAAAGUACGAAUAGCUAAUGCCAAAACCAAUAAAUCACAUCCAUUGUAUAGCACAGACUCAUAUGUAAUUGCCCUUGCAGCAAAUUCUCAGGGAACUGGAUUCAUCUCAGGUCACGCAGAUGGUGCUGUUGUGCGUUACUAUGUCACAGAAGAUGCAGCAAUGGAGAAAAUGGGAAGAGUUGUGAUGCAUCCUGUUCCACCUUAUGCCUUAGCAUGGCCCAAUAAUCAUAUACUAGCUGGUGGAUCUGACAAGAAGAUCACUAUUUACAGCAAAGAUGGACAGGUGGCCACACAAUUUGAUUACUUACGUGACAGUACUGAGAAGGAUUUCACCAUUGCAUGCUGCAGCCCAAGUGGGCAGUCUGUUGUAGUUGGCAGCUUUGACAGGAUACGUGUCUAUAACUGGAGUCCUCGAAAAAUGACCUGGGAAGAGACUAAGCCUAAGGAGAUAGCUAACAUGUAUACAGUCACAGCGCUUGCAUGGAAACGUGAUGGUUCUCGAGUAGCCUGUGGAACUUUGUGUGGUGCUGUAGAGCUCUUUGAGUCAGUGCUAAAGCGAAUGGUAUGGAAAAACAAAUUUGAAAUGGCCUAUGUUGGUCCUAGUCAGGUUAUCAUAAAGCCUCUGAGUACGGAGCUGCAAGGCAUAAUUUUAAAAUCCCAGUACGGAUAUGAAAUUGAAGAUGUUCGGAUCAUGGGUGAGGAUAGUUACGUAUUUGCUCGCACUUCAGAUACAAUACUUGUUGGAGAUCUGACACGUAAUUUGUUAAGUGAAGUUGUCUGGCCAAAUACGGGGUGUCAUGAGAAAGUAUACUUUGACAAUCCCACAGUCUGUCUAAUUUUCAAUGCUGGAGAACUGAGUCUGGUUGAGUAUGGAAUCAAUGAAAUCCUUGCAUCUGUUAGAACAGAGUUUGUUAAUCCUCAUCUUGUAAGUGUACGGCUUAAUGAAAGAUGUAAAGCAUCUGAAAAUAAUAAGAAAUUGGCAUAUUUGCUAGAUCUGAAGACAAUUUGCAUAUUGGAUCUUGUGAGUGGUGCUACAAUAGGUCAGCUGAGUCAUGACUCCAAGAUUAACUGGUUAGAACUGAAUGAAACAGGCCGCAAACUUCUUUUCCGAGACAAAAAGAUGAGGCUAAACAUUUUUGAUAUUCCAUCAACAACAAAGACAUCCAUACUGAAUUACUGCACAUUUGUUCAGUGGGUCGUGGAUAGCGAUGUUGUUGUAGCCCAGUCUAGAAACAACAUGUGUAUUUGGUACAACAUUGAUGUUCCAGAACAAGUCACACUAAUUACAAUAAAAGGAGAAAUUGUUGAAAUUGUCAGGAUGGAUGGAAAAACAGAGGUUGUUGUGCAAGAAGGUAGUCAUCAGCUUGGUUAUGAACUUGAUGAGGGACUCGUUGAAUUUGGGACUGCUUUGCAUGAUAAUAACUUUAUAAGAGCCAUUACAUUUUUAGAAAACUUGGGAGAUAAACCAGAAGCUGAAGGAAUGUGGACAAAUCUUGCCAAUAUAGCAGUUGCUGAGAAUAAUUUAAAAAUAGCACAAAGAUGCUAUGCAGCAUUAGGUGAUGUGGCAUGCAGUCAUUUCCUCAAGGAAACCAUAACAACAGCUGAAAACUAUGCCAAAGAGUAUGGUGGUAAUGGAAUGCUGUGUCCUGAUGUGUUGGCUCGUAUGGCAAUGUUCAAUAAAACGUUCAAAGAAGCUGAAGCCAUAUAUAUUGAACACAACAAUCUUGACAAAGCAAUUGAAAUGUACCAGAAACUUCACAAAUGGGAUGAAGCUCUUGAACUAGCAGAAAUGAAGGGUCAUCCUAAGUCUGAAGAAUUACGUAACAAGUAUAUGAAAUGGUUAUUGGAAUCAAAACAGGAAGACAAAGCAGGAGAAAUUAAAGAAAGAGAAGGAGACUAUGAAACUGCACUUAACUUGUAUUUGAAAUCUAAUAUGCCAGCCAAAGCCUCCAGAUUGUUGCAGAAUAAUUAUGAACUGCUACAAAAUGAAGAAAUUGUUUCAAGAGUGAUCUCUGCUUUAGUGAAAGCUCAAUUGUAUGAGCAGGCUGGUGAUCUGUGUGAGAAAGUAAAUGACACAGAAAAAGCCUUCCAGUACUACAGAAGAGGAAAUGCAUUUGCGAAAGCUAUUGAAUUGGCACGAUAUGUGGCACCAUCAGAUGUCAUUAUUUUGGAAGAGCAGUGGGGUGACUUCCUUGUUUCAAAUAAGCAGUUAGAUGCAGCUAUAAAUCAUUAUAUAGAAGCAGGCAAAACCUUAAAGGCACUACAAGCAGCUAUGGAUGGAAAGCAGUGGAGAAAAGCUGUACAGAUAAUUCAGGUCAUUGAUGAUACAGAAGCAGUUUCCAAACACUAUGCAACAUUAGCACAACAUUUUGUUUCAAUGAGGGACUUCUCAACAGCUGAACAAAUGUUUCUUCAAGCUGGUAUGUUCCAGGAUGCAAUAGAUAUGUACAAUCAAGCAGGUGAAUGGGAAAUGGCUCAUCGUUUGGCUUCUAAGUACUUAGACUCAGAGAAAGUGUCUCUCAUGUAUAUCAACCAGGCAAAAGAUAUGGAGAAACAAGGAAAACUAAAAGAAGCAGAGAAACUGUAUCUCUCUGUAUCUGAACCAGAUGCUGCCAUCUCCAUGUACAAGAAACAUCAACAAUAUGAUCAGAUGAUGCGUUUAGUCACACAGCAUCAUCCUGACCUUGUGCAAACCACGCACCUGCAUUUGGCACAGCAGCUUGAAGGUGAGGGUGCCUUUAAAAGUUCUGAACAACACUACAUAUCUGCAGGAGAAUGGAAGAGCGCUGUUAACAUGUAUCGUAAUGCUGGAAUGUGGGAUGAUGCUUUUCGGGUAGCAAAAAAUCAUGGUGGUGUCCAAGCCAGGAAUCAAGUGGCUUUCUUGUGGGCCAAAUCUCUUGGAGGGGAAUCAGCUGUGAAAUUACUUUCAAAACUUAAUCUAUUGGAAGUAAGCAUUGAUUAUGCGUGUGAAACAUACCAGUUUGACUUUGCAUUUGAGCUGGCACAAUCUGGGUUAAAAUCAAAACUUCCUGAUAUUCAUUACAAGUAUGCUAUGACAUUGGAAGAUGAAGGCAAAUUUCAAGAAGCUGAAGAAGAAUUUGUCAAAGGUGGUAAACCAAAGGAAGCAGUACUCAUGUACAUACACAACCGAGACUGGGAUAGUGCUCAACGAGUGGCAGAAAAUCAUGACCCUGAAUCAGUAGCUGAAGUCCUCCAAGAACAGGCAAAAGAUGCUUUCAACAACAAAAACUUUCAACUGUUUGAAUCCUUGCUCUUACGUGCUCAGUUACCAGAACUUAUAAUCAAAUAUUAUCAGAAAGAGAUGGUAAAUAUGUUGCAAGAAACAAAAUAG